AUUUUACUCCCUAUAAAUUCCCUCUGUCUUCCCUCCAAUUCCGCUUCCCCCAAAUUCACUCAUCAUCGCCGGCCACCAGGUGAAUUCUCAGGGCUACUUGGGGUUCAGAAUCAAUUGUCAGGGGUCACCUUUAGAUGUACAAUCAUGGACCUCAAUUCUCCUUUCUAUUGAUUUCUUGACCUGCGAAGAUUUAUUUUAGCAAAUUCAACUAGAUGGAGAUGAAUUUCCGGAGCACCACAAGAGGUCUGAAACUUGUGAAAACAGAGUAAAUGGGGCUGGUUGAGUUUGAGACUGAAUAUAUUCCAGAUUGGUUCUUGGAGGAAGUCCUAUCAAGAUUGCCUUUGAAAUGUGUUUUUAGGUUGAAAUGUGUAUCAAAGCAGUGGCUUUCGUUUAUUUCGGCUCCUUCUUUUGUCAACGUGUACAUUUCUCGAGUUUCUUUGUCACAUAAGCGGUUUUGUGAGUUGAAAUCAAGAGAAAUCCACUAACUUAAUAAUGGCAACUUCUCUCAAAUUGAAAUUGAAAAAUUGAAUCUCUCUCUCUCUCUCUCCCGCCUCUCGCUCUCCCUCUCUAACCUCGUCUCUCUUUGAAUUCGAGUUCAAGCAUCAAUGGAAACCCUACUAGCUGAAUCUGUGCAAAACAGCCUUGGCCAAUUUAUGUUCCACAAUGCCAUUUUCAUGUGUGAACGACUCUGUGCCGAGUUCCCCACUGAGACAAAUAUGCAGCUUUUAGCUGGCUGCUACCUGCACAACCAACAGGCUUAUGCUGCAUAUCAUCUUCUCAAGGGGACAAGUAUGGCUCAAUCCCGCUACUUGUUUGCACUAUCAUGCUUUCAGAUGGAUCUUCUCACUGAAGCUGAGACAGCACUCUGCCCUCCUAAUGAGCCAACUGCAGAGGUUCCAAAUGGUGCAGCUGGGCAUUACCUUCUUGGUCUUAUUUACAGGUAUACAGAUAGAAGAAAUAGUUCCAUCCAGCAUUUCAAUCAGGCAUUGUUAUUGGAUCCAUUGCUAUGGGCUGCAUAUGAGGAGUUGUGUAUACUAGGUGCUGCAGAAGAAGCAGCUGCAGUUUUUGGGGAAGCAUCUUUGCUUUGCAUUCAGAAACAACACAUAGACCAAGGGAACCAAUCUCAAAAUUUACAAGCAUCCACUGAUGAUCAGAAUGUAGCUUCUACGAAUAUUGUCUCAGGCGACAUCAGCCCUAGGCAAUCAAAACAUACACACAGCAAUAAUCUUCGAGAAAUGUCUGGAAAUUAUAAUGGAGCAGCUGCUAUCCAGAAUUUAGGUGGGGUUUCUACUAACAUGUCAUUCUACAACACUCCCUCACCAAUGGCAUCACAGUUGUCAGGAGUGGUUCCACCUCCAGUUUGUAGAAAUUUUCAGCAAAAUGGAACUACUGCAUCUGUGGCUGGUGCUGAUAAUUCUCCACGAGCAACUGUCAAUUCAACCAUUCAGGCCCCUCGGAGAAAGUUUGUUGAUGAGGGGAAGUUAAGAAAGAUAUCUGGGAGGUUAUUUUCUGAUUCUGGCCCUCGACGAAAUUCAAGGCUUGCUGGAGAAUCUACUGGAAACACAAAUUCAAAUGUAUCUGGUGCUUCUGGAAAUGGAACAAUUCAUUCUUCCAAAUAUUAUGGUAGUUCGAAGCUGAGCUCAAUGACUUUACGUUCCAUGACAAGUCGAAAGGCACAAUCUUGGGCUACCGAAAACUAUGGUGAAGGGACUCGCAAUGACAUUUCUAAUGAUUCUCGGCUAAAUAUGACUAUGUCACACCCUUCUGGAGAUGCUAGACCUCUUGAACAAGAAGGGCCCGGAACUUCUGCUUCUGGGGUUAAUGUAAGCAGCACAUCUAUCCUCUCAGGUGCUUCAGAGAUAUUGGCCCUUUUCAGGAUUCUUGGGGAAGGCUAUAGACUUUCUUGUUUAUAUAGAUGUCAGGAUGCACUGGAUGUUUAUAACAAACUCCCACACAAACAUUAUCACACUGGAUGGGUUCUUUCUCAGAUUGGAAGAGCAUACUUCGAAAUGGUUGAUUACCUAGAAGCAGAUCAUGCAUUUGGCCUUGCUCGUCUGGCCUCACCUUAUAGUUUAGAAGGAAUGGACGUGUACUCGACAGUGUUGUUUCAUCUCAAGGAGGACAUGAAGUUGAGCUAUCUGGCGCAGGUGCUGGUAUCAACUGAUAGAUUAGCUCCUCAAUCUUGGUGUGCUAUGGGGAAUUGCUAUAGUUUACAGAAAGACCAUGAAACUGCUCUUAAAAAUUUUCAACGAGCUGUACAACUAAAUCCUAGAUUUGCAUACGGGCACACGCUUUGUGGUCAUGAAUAUGUUGCUUUAGAAGAUUUUGAAAAUGCUAUUAAGUGCUAUCAGAGUGCACUUCGUGUGGAUGCCAGGCAUUACAAUGCCUGGUAUGGGCUUGGAAUGAUCUAUCUCCGACAGGAGAAGUUUGAAUUUUCAGAGCAUCACUUUCGAAUGGCUUUGGGUAUAAAUCCACAGUCUUCUGUUAUCAUGUCAUAUCUUGGCACUGCAUUACACGCUCUGAAGAAAAAUGAAGAGGCAUUGGAAGUGAUGGAGCUGGCUAUUGUAGCAGACAAGAAAAACCCUCUUCCAAUGUAUCAGAAGGCUAACAUCCUUGUGAGCACGGAAAGUUUUGAUGCCGCUUUAGAAGUCUUAGAGGAACUUAAAGAGCAUGCUCCUCGUGAGAGCAGUGUCUAUGCUUUGAUGGGUCGGAUAUACAAGAGGCGUAAUAUGUACGACAAAGCCAUGCUUCAUUUUGGAGUGGCAUUAGAUUUAAAACCAUCUGCAACUGAUGUUGCUACCAUUAAGGCUGCCAUUGAAAAGCUGCAUGUACCAGAUGAGAUGGAAGAUGAAUUAUAACAUAUCUGAAUGAACUGGAAACAUGAGAAGAUCAGGCUGAAAAUUAUCCAGCUCAAAAUAUACAACUACUUGAAGUUCUUGCAUCCUUUUCCUUUCGAGAAAGCUCCAUGUACAAACAAGUCACUGAGAAAACAUGUUCUUUUCAUGAAAAUCUUUUGCAGCUCCGAAAGGAUUUCAUGGUUUGUUCGUCUCACACUUGAGAGGACAUUGUGUACCAAAAGAGGCUUAUGCUGAACGUACACUUUUCAUUGAUCUUCUCCAAGUUGAUUUGUGAUUGGCGGUGUAUACUGUACGCAAUAAUCCAUAGUGAUAGCAAGUUUCUACUAAAUUGGUGCUAGUUCCUGGUUGUGCAAUUAAUUUAUUAUAUCCUUGUAAAGUUUGGGUAAUAUAAUUUUCAUCAGGGUUUUUUGCAUUCUUGGAUCUGGGAUUUUGGUUUAGGAAAGUUUGUAUUUUGUGAAUAUUUUCUAUAUAGGCUCUGGUUAUAUGGUUAUAUGUCUUUUUAUUUUGUCCUAA